AUGGAGGAGGGGGGUGUGUCUAGACGCUGCUUUCUGAAGCUCGUGUCCACAGAGCAGGAGCUGGUGCUCCCGGGGGUGAGUGCCAGCAUCCCUGCAGCCAAGCCAGCUAUCUCAGAGGAAAACUUCCGCCUGAUAUCUGAAGACUGCACAGAAACAAUGAGAAGAGAGGAUUAGAUAGAUACAUUACACAAAAGCAGGCAAUGAGUCUCAAGCAUGAGGAACCAUAAAGGUAAAUCAUAAAUAUUACAUGAAAAUGACAGUUGGAUGGUUGUGAUGAGCCCUUGGUGAGGGUACCGUGUCGGAUUGUGUGGAAGCUGGGCUUUGAAAUCACUCGGUCAGGGCCUCCUGUGGGCACAGUCUGGUCCAUGUAGGAACCAUUCAUCAGGUCAUAAUACUUCUGCCUCUGCUGGCCUGUAGAUACACACACACUCACAUAUAUAUACACACACACACAAACAAACACAAUCUAUAAGAAAGGUUGUCAUAUUUAUCAAAAAUGACUUCCAGUACAAAGAUAUUGAGUACAAUAAAGUUUUAUGUCUCUAUAAAACAACUCUAUGCUUCAAUAUGAAUCGUGUAAAAAAGGCCGACCUGCUCCUCCUCUCUAGUUUCUAGCUACCCAACUUUCCCGCAGUCCCCUUAGUCUUACUAGUUUGGCUGCUGAUGCAUUGUACACGUUUAUCAUAAGAAAUAGCCUAAACGCAUAUUGGCACUGGCAGUUAAAAUUAUCAACACUAAAUAGACACUUGUUAACUAGCUAGCUAUACAUUUCACAAUUUGAGAGGUAACAAUGCACAGUCUAUCAGCCUGGUUUCAUAGACUAGACGUAACAUAGUAAACGUAAAUCCGGGCCACUCAAUUUAGUAUGAUAUGUUACGUUUGGUAUGGUUACAUAAGACAGAAGGUUACUUCAGGCAAAAACAAAAUUAGAGUGGUUGGUCAGGGUGGAUGGGUAGGAGUAUAACGCGAACAUCUAAUAACCCGAACUCAUCACGGAAGAUUUUAGCAUUUUAACCUAACGCUUCAGGACGCUGCUGCUACUCUAGAUAACCCUUCCCCUAACUUUAACCCUUUAACCUUAACCCCUAGCCUAGCUAACUCUGGUCACCUAGCUAACAUUAGCAUUAGCCACCAAGCUAAUGUUAUCCAUAUCAUUUAAAUUCGUAACAUAUCAUACGUUUUUCAAAUUUGUAACACACUGUACGAUUGGCAAAUUGCUAACGUUAGCUUUAUUUAGCUAGCUGGCUAACGUUAGUAUAACUAUAUUUUCAACCCUCUAGUUAUGAUUUAGAUAAUUAACUAGCUAGCUACAUUAACAAACUGUAAAGUUAGCUAGGCAGAUUCUUCGGCUCACCUUGACUAGCUAACUAGCUAUAUCUAAAAAACUAUGUUAGCAUGUGUAGCUAGCUAAAGUUAUCCAAAAUACAGCUGAUGUUUGCUAGCUAGCUAGCUAAAAAAAAUAAAAAUGUACAGCAAACAUUUUAUGUUCAAACACUAACAUUAGACAUGUUGUGUAAAUUAUUCCCAUUCCUCAGUUCUUUCUAAGUCAUUUUGUAGUCUACUUUGUUGAAAGUCUUGUUGAAAUCACAGCUAAUAUUGCGUAGAGGCUUAACAUUUGAAAAGACCGCAGUGAGUGAAUCUCUGGCUAGCUAGCUAACUGGCACUGAAAUUCAUCUCAAAGGUGUUCGAUUGAGUUGAGGUCAGGGCUCUGUUCAGGCCAGUCAAGUUCUUCCACACCGAUCUCGACAAACCAUUUCUGUAUGGACCUCUCUUUGUGCACGGGGGCAUUGUCAUGCUGAAACAGGAAAAGGCCUUCCCCAAACUUUUACCACAAAGUUGGAAGAACAGAAUCGUUUAGAAUGUCAUUGUAUGCUGUAGCAUUAAGAUUUCCCUUCACUGGAACUAAGGGGCCUAGCCCGAACCAUGAAAAACAGCCCCAGACCAUUAUUCCUCUUCAACCAAAUUUUACAGUUGGCACUAUGCAUUGAGGCAAGUAGUGUUCUUUUGGCAUCCGCCAAACCCAGAUUUGUCCAUCAGACUGCCAGAUGGUGAAGUGUGAUUCAUCACUCCAGAGAACACGUUUCCAAUGCUCCAGAGUCCAAUGGCGGCGAGUCCAACCACUCCAGCCAAUGCUUGGCAAUGCGUAUGGUGAUCUUAGGCUUUUGUGCGGCUGCUCGACCAUGGAAACCCAUUUCAUUAAGCUCCCGACUAACAGUUCCUGUGCUGACGUUGCUUCCAUUGCUUCCAGAGGCAGUUUGGAACUCGGUAGUGAGUUUUGCAACCGAGGACAGACGAUUUUAACGCACUAAACGCUUCAGCACGCUGCUGCUACUCUGUUUAUUACUGAGAGGUUAUUUUCCUGGCACCACACUCCCAGAGCACUCACCUCCUCCCUGUAGGCUUAAAAAGAUGAGAGAGGCCUGUAAUUUUCAUCAUAGGUACACGUCAACUAUGACAGACAAAAUGAGAAAAAAAAAUCCUGAAAAUCACAUUGUAGGAUUUUUAAUGAAUUUAUUUGCAAAUUAUGGUGGAAAAUAAGUAUUUGGUCAAUAACAAACGUUUCUCAAUACUUUGUUAUAUACCCUUUGUUGGCAAUGACACAGGUCAAACGUUUUCUGUAAGUCUUCACAAGGUUUUCACACACUGUUGCUGGUAUUUUGGCCCAUUCCUCCAUGCAGAUCUCCUCUAGAGCAGUGAUGUUUUGGGGCUGUUGCUGGGCAAUACGGACUUACAACUCCCUCCAAAGAUUUUCUAUGGGGUUGAGAUCUGGAGACUGGCUAGGCCACUCCAGGACCUUGAAAUGCUUUUUACGAAGCCACUCCUUCGUUGCCCGGGCGGUGUGUUUGGGAUCAUUGUCAUGCUGAAAGACCCAGCCACGUUUCAUCUUCAAUGCCCUUGCUGAUGGAAGGAGGUUUUCACUCAAAAUCUCACGAUACAUGGCCCCAUUCAUUCUUUCCUUUACACGGAUCAGUCGUCCUGGUCCCUUUGCAGAAAAACAGCCCCAAAGUAUGAUGUUUCCACCCCCAUGCUUCACAGUAGGUAUGGUGUUCUUUGGAUGCAACUCAGCAUUCUUUGUCCUCCAAACACGACGAGUUGAGUUUUUACCAAAAAGUUCUAUUUUGGUUUCAUCUGACGAUAUGACAUUCUCCCAAUCCUCUUCUGGAUCAUCCAAAUGCACUCUAGCAAACUUCAGACGGGCCUGGACAUGUACUGGCUUAAGCAGGGGGACACGUCUGGCACUGCAGGAUUUUAGUCCCUGGCAGCGUAGUGUGUUACUGAUGGUAGGCUUUAUUACAUUGGUCCCAGCUCUCUGCAGGUCAUUCACUAGGUCCCCCCGUGUGGUUCUGGGAUUUUUGCUCACCGUUCUUGUGAUCAUUUUGACCCCACGGGGUGAGAUCUUGCGUGGAGCCCCAGAUCGAGGGAGAUUAUCAGUGGUCUUGUAUGUCUUCCAUUUCCUAAUAAUUGCUCCCACAGUUGAUUUCUUCAAACCAAGCUGCUUACCUAUUGCAGAUUCAGUCUUCCCAGCCUGGUGCAGGUCUACAAUUUUGUUUCUGGUGUCCUUUGACAGCUCUUUGGUCUUGGCCAUAGUGGAGUUUGGAGUGUGACUGUUUGAGGUUGUGGACAGGUGUCUUUUAUACUGAUAACAAGUUCAAACAGGUGCCAUUAAUACAGGUAACGAGUGGAGGACAGAAGAGCCUCUUAAAGAAGAAGUUACAGGUCUGUGAGAGCCAGAAAUCUUGCUUGUUUGUAGGUGACCAAAUACUUAUUUUCCACCAUAAUUUGCAAAUAAAUUCAUUAAAAAUCCUACAAUGUGAUUUUCAGGAUUUUUUUUCCUCAUUUUGUCUGUCAUAGUUGACAGGCCUCUCUCAUCUUUUUAAGUGGGAGAACUUGCACAAUUGGUGGCUGACUAAAUACUUUUUUUCCCCACUGUAUGCAUAGUCACUUUAACUCUACCCACAUGUACAUAUUACCUCGAUUACCUCGACUAACCGGUGCCCCCGCACAUUGACUCUGUACCGGUACCUCCCUACUGUUAUUUUAUUUUUGCUGCUCUUUAAUUAUUUGCUAUUUUUUUUCUUAAACUGCAUUGUUGGUUAUGGGCUUGUAAGUAAGCAUUUCACUGUAAUGUCUACACCUGUUGUAUUCGGCGCAUGUGGCAAAUACAAUUUGAUUUGAUUUGAUUUGAGCCGUUGUUAUUUCCACUUCACAAUAACAGCACUUACAGUUGACCAGGGCAGCUCUAGCAGGGCAGAAAUCUGACCAACUGACUUGUUGGAAAGGUGGCAUCCUAUGACGGUGUCACGUUGAAAGUCACUGAGCUCGUCAGUAAAACCAUUCUACUGCCAAUAUACUUUUGUAUAUAUAGUGUAUGUGGUUGUUUCUCUUAAGUAGAAAUGUAGAAAUAUGAGAAAAUGCUCUUAGUCUCAUUUUGGUGUUUAAAGAGAGCUCAUUUGUGUCUAGGAGAAACAAAGGGGGAAAAUAUGGUAUCUUCUUGGAUUUUGCUUUGAUAUAGGAGAUAUGGUGUUGAUGAAGGUGCUGAUGAAGAAGGUCACUACAGAAGUGCUUAGUUGUGCUGUCGGUAGACUCCAAUGCCCUCAUAACCCUUUCUCUCCAUUUUCUUUCACACUCUCUCUGUGACUUGGGACUCCAGUAAGGCAAUUCACCCUAACAUAGUGAAGCUUCUGGGUAAUCCAACACUCAAGGACUCUAAGUGGAUCAUCCCCAUGGAGUUCAUAUUUGGAGAGGAACUGGAGACAACCAUCUUCAAAUCACAAAAAUCUAAAAUACAGGUAGGUCUAUGGAUCCCACUGCUGCCACCAAACAUGCAUGCGACAGUGUUGACGAAAGUUCACAUAGAAAAACUCUUAUAUAUCUAAAUAUAUUUGAUAAAUAAGUAUUUAAGCCUACAGGAUUUUCAGGGGACCUUCCAAACAUUAUUACAAAAAAGUGCAAGUUAACUCAUCAGUUGAUAAUGAAAGCCUUUGAUCUCCCACAGUUAACUCCAUCUAUAAAGGCCACCAUCAUCACAGGCAUGUGUGAAGGACUACUUCACCUACACAGCAAAGAUAUCGUCCAUCAGGACCUCAAGCCUGAGAACAUCAUGGUGAGACAGGCAUUAAAAUAGUUUUUGUUGUUUUAAUGUUCUUCAUUAAUGAGAAUAAAGGACAUUAUCACGCUAAAUGCUUAGAUUUGAUAUAAAACAAUACUUUUCCACCCCUCUCAAAUGAUCUCUUCCAGGUAGAGCAUGACACUCACCGAGCUGUGAUCAUUGAUAUGGGACUGGCCAAAUUCUUCCGCAAUGGCCUAAAUUCUGCCGUGGAUAUGGGCAACGAGGCCUACUCUCCACCUGAGGUCCUGCAGAGGAGGGGCCACCGAGACCAGCGUUCGGACGUGUGGGCUAUGGGUAAAAUCAUCGCUGAACUCUGUGCCAGAGUCAGGCUGCACACCCCCAGCGUCUGUCCGGCUAAGAUCCAUGAGAUCCUCAGUCUCCAAGGCCAGCAGUACUGUAAUGCUGUCUGUAGGAUGGUGCAGAGCGACCCCACAGUGCGAGCCACCAUGGCCGGGAUCAUGCCAGAGAUACGAAGGGCAGGGGGAGGUGGCAACACCGGGGAGCAACAAAGAGGACAUCUUCCGACACCCUUUCCUCACACUGAGGUAAAAGACACAUCGCCACGUCCUCAAGCUCCUGUACAGCGUUCACCCCCUCUAUCAAGAGCUGAGUGCACAGCCUCACCAAGGCCUGAUGUCAAGACGCUAGUGCGAGCUCCUGUGCGAGCGCCUUCUCCAUCAAGAUGGGAGCGUGCAGCCUUGCCAAAGACUGAGGUCAAGACUGAGGUCAAGACAACACUGCAACCACAACCCGUACAGCGUUCACCUUCCCCGUCAAGAUGGGAGCGUGCAGCCUUGCCAAAGACUGAAGUCAAGACUGAGGUCAAGACAACACUGCAACCACAACCCGUACAGCGUUCACCUUCCCCGUCAAGAUGGGAGCGUGCAGCCUUGCCAAAGACUGAGGUCAAGACUGAGGUCAAGACGACACUGCAACCACAACCUGUACAGCGGGCAGCCUCUCCAAAGCCUGAAGUCAAGAACUCACCGUCUCCCCAUCCAAAGGUAGACCAGGGUAAUGCACUGGUUCCAUCAGGCAUGGCUCAACCCAGUCAAGAUGUCAUGAAACAGCUUCUCUACAAAGAGGCGUCGAAGGGUCUCCCAUGCCCACUCCCCACAACGGGCAAGGUGCGAAUCCGCCGCUAUGAGCAAAGGAAUGGUGAAGUGGAGACUUGGGAGCAAACAGAGGUGGAGACUGAAGGAGGGAGGAUAGUCAAGUUUGAGGAUGUGAUGUUUAACAACAAGUCGUAA